AUGAACGUUGGCAAAAUGCAAGCGCCUGGCCAGCAUCAGCAGCAUUUGCUGCAUCCGGCCGCCUCCGCUGCCCCGCCCACGCAACAACAUCACCUGCCCAUCGAUUACAGUUUGGGCAACUUUAAGCCAGCGAUUGCUGCUGAUUUUCCCGGAAGCCCCUUUGUCGGCGCCAGUCCACAGCAACCGCAUUCCUCAUCCUCAUCGCCAGCCACCUCCACGUCAUCGUCAUCACUGCAGGUGCGCGAUCUCAGCACCUUGACCACCAUGGCGGCGAUACCUUCGCCCACCCAACUGCUGCAUCAACGCAUGCAGCCUGCCCAGAUCACAGUGGAUGCACAUCAUCAUCAACAGCAUCAGCAACAGCAGCAGCAGCAGCAACAAAUGCCGCCGGCGGCAACUUCUCCACACGAUUAUGCGCCCAUGUCCGCCUUCAAGGCUGUGCUGCCAAAGAAACGAAGUGCCGACGAUGCUGCGCUGCCCUUUAGCAUAAACAGACUGGUCAAGACUGAACACCUGACGGCAAUUGCAGCCGCCGCUGGCUUAAAGCCGCCAUCUCUUGCCGCGCAUGGCGUCGCCCUGCCGGAGGACAACAACAACUCCAUCGCGAUGCUGAGCAAGAAUCAUCUGCAUCAUCAACAGCAACAUCAACAACCACUUCAGCAACAGCCUUCGCAGCGGGCCAAGCUGGAGCCCUACCUGAGUGCCAGCGAGCAGCUGCGUCAAUCGCGCUCCCGAUCGCGUUCACGUUCCCGCAGCGCCUCGCACUGUUCCUCACAGAUCGAUAUGGACGAUGCGGACAGCAGCCACGAGCGUUACUCCCGCCACUCGCGACGUUCGCUGCACUCGCGCUCCCGCUCUCGGUCUCGCUCCAGAUCGCGAUCGCAUUCGAGCAGCUCGUCCGUGGAGCUGGAGGUGGAUUCACCGCCUGGGAGUCCCAGCAUCAGUUCGCCCAGUGCCGCCUCGCUUUCUGCCUCCGAGCUGCUGAUCACGGCCAACAGCAGCAACAGCAGCACCAAGAAGUCCGAUCUCUUCUCAGUCUCUGCCCUGUUGCGACGCGAUGAGCCGACGACGCGACGAGCUCGCAGUCCGCCUUUAUCCGGUUUGGCUGGUGCCACAAGCUCAGCGUUGGCCCUGCCCACCAAUCCGCUGGAGGCGAUGCGACAAAGCUACCCGCCCAACUACGAUGCGAGCAUGUUCCAGCGUCCCAUCUUCUCGCCAGCGCUGCCCUUCUUCGCCGCCUUUGCCUUCCACCAGGGACAGCAGCAGCAACAGCAACAACAGCAGUCCGGACUCGGCGCAAGCUACCAUCCGGACUCGCAGGAAAAUCUCUUCCGGCUGCGCAACCUGAUGGUGCCACUCCAGUCUGCUGGCCAGAAUGGCACCACGGCAGCAGCAGCAGCGGCCGCCGCCGCAGCAGCCGCCGCCGUCGGUGUGGGCGUUGGGGUUGGCGUUGGAGUGGGCGUGCCGCCUGGUGGCGGACAUUUGGGUUUGCCACAUCCCCCGCAUCUGCAUUUCCAUCACAUGGCGGCCAAAUGGCCAGGCCUGCAUCAAUUCAGCGACCUGUACUCGUGCAUGAAGUGCGAGAAGAUGUUCUCAACGCCGCACGGACUCGAGGUGCACUCGCGUCGCACCCACCACGGGAAGAAGCCCUACGCCUGCGAGCUGUGCAACAAGACCUUUGGCCAUGAGGUCAGCCUCAGUCAGCACAGAGCCGUGCACAACGUGGAGAAGGUCUUCGAGUGCAAACAGUGCGGCAAACGCUUUAAGCGCUCCAGCACACUCUCCACCCAUCUGCUCAUUCACAGCGACACGAGGCCUUAUCCCUGCAGCUACUGCGGCAAGCGAUUCCAUCAAAAGAGUGAUAUGAAGAAGCACACCUACAUUCACACCGGCGAGAAACCACACAAGUGCCAGGUGUGCGGCAAGGCCUUUAGUCAGAGCUCCAACCUGAUCACACACUCCCGCAAGCACACCGGCUACAAGCCCUUCUCCUGCAAGCUCUGCCACAAGUCCUUCCAGCGCAAGGUGGACCUGCGUCGCCACAAGGAGACCCAGCACACGGAUCUCCGUGUCCACCUCGGCAAGGUGGACUUCAUGUCUGCCGCCGCCGCCGCCGCAGCUGCUGCCGAGCUGAGUGGAGCACCGGGCAUGGUGCAAGGUCUGUCCGCUGGCAAUGCGGCAACAGCAGCGCAGUCGACGGCAGCCCAAGCGCAGCAGGCUGCGACGCCAGUGAAUCCUCUGCAGAAGGUAUCACUGCUGGCAUAACAUGCCAAUGGCUCCUCCUCUUCCGCCACUUCCCUCUCCUCCCCGGUAGCCUCCUCUCGGACACCAUGUGCAAUAGCAGUCGGGUCGGAUCAUCGCACUGCAUUUCCAUUUGCCGCCUCACGUUGAAGCUGAAACUGAAACUGAAGCUGAAACUGCAAUUAAAAUUGAAAUUAAAGUUAAUGCAAUUUGAAUAGAUUAAGCCGAACAUUUCCAUUGUUGCCAAAAAAAAAUAAAAAAGAAAACUCAGCAAAAAAUGCAAAAAAUCUUCAAAAGAAAUAUAUACUACACAUCAUAGGAAAUACCAAAGACAAAUAUUAACCAAAAAAAAAUAA